CCAAGCGAUUUGCACAGACGCAGUUCGAGUGAAAAAACAACGAACAAAGUUUAAAAAUCCACUUCAAAACCCGUUCUUUCGCAUAAAAACCAAUUGCACAAUUCAACGUUUUUACUCUUUUUCAGAUCCUCUCACCUUAAAUACCUAUAUGUCCGAUAACAAUAUACCUGAAAUAAACGUUAGCACCACUGCUGCUACAAAUAACAGAUUGAGACCAACUCAAACUAACGAUACGACAGAGGCGACCACUGCCGCCAAUACGUGUACUAAUAUGAAAGAGGAGUCUUCAUCACCAACUAUAACAAACACUAAUGUUCAGCAAGGCGCCGAUGACAAUUUAACACAUCUUCCGGAGAAAUUGCGAAUUUUGAAAGAAGCAUUCCCUAAUACAGAUAUAGACGUAAUCGAGGCUGUUCUUCAAACUCAAAAUGAUAAUGUUGAAAAUACCUUUGAGUUGUUGUUAAGUAUGUCCGAUACCGACUAUAAACCUCAAACAGUGUCCAGUCCUAGUUCUACAGAUAAUUAUGAUCAAAAUGAUACACCACCUAUGCCACCAAGGCCUUCUUCACAAGAGCAGCAAUCAAUGAAUAAUAGCUCACAUCCGCUAUACACUUAUUGGCAAAGGCAGGCACCAACAACAGUGGAAGAACAAUUACGUAUGGAUGAAGAAUUAGCCAAGAAAAUAGCAAUGGAGGACGAAUUGAGGGCAGAACGACGUCGACAAAGACAUUUACAACAUCAACAGCAAAGACAAAGAUCACAGCAGGACGAAGAUGAAGAUUCUAUUUUUAAUUUUCAAGAGGAAUUGCCCAUAAUCAAAGAGAAGAUGAUCGAAGCGGGCAAUGCAGCCAAAAAGAAGAUGUUGGAUUUCUUCAAUCAAAUAAAGACAAAUACGCAAAAGGGGAACAAUUCACCACCAGCAAUAAAUAAUCAACAAUCACAUAUAAAUGCACGUUAUAGAGGUCUACCUACUAUUGAUGACGGCGAUGACCUUCUGAUAGGUGAUAUCUCCGCAAUAAACUUAUCAGAUCAGGAUGUGUAUGCAAAAACAGGAAGGAAAUUCGAUAACGACUCCAAAGUUACAGCAUCACAUCAAGAAGACGGAGUAAUACAUGUCGAUCCACCUUUAUUAACAGCAGUAACAAACAGUUUGGGCAGUAAAAUAGAAACAUCUACUUCUGAUGCUCAAUUAAAGGCUGACGAAGAUUUUGCACGACAAUUAGCCGAAGAAGAGGAGAAAGCGGCAAGAAGGAGGAAUCACACGCCAUCUACGUAUACAAGUACUGCUGAUGUGAGCAGCCCUCCACAAAUGCCCCCUAGAAAGGUUGGUGGCCCAACUGUAGUCAUCGCACCAAAAUCACCGCUUGAAUUUGAUUCCGACUACGAAGAUGUGAGAUUAACAGCUGCACCAACGGCUACGUCGGCAAAAUAUGGUACAACUAGUGGCUCCUCACCAAAUGUUACCAACGCUACUGUACCAUAUGUAAUAGGUGAUGAUGACGAUGAUGACGAUGAAUCAGACAAUCUUGUGGAUAUUCAAGCUGAUGAUGGAGACGAUCAAAAACCGCAAGAAAAGGCAAAUGAUGAUGCUAUUAGUGGCACGAAGUAUAACAUCAAGAAAAAACAUUAACCAUAGUUUCAAAAGUGCUGUUAUAAUUCACCAUCAAAUCGCCUACAUAGGGAGAUAAACAAUGAAUAAUUAAAACCCAGAUUUAAAUACUAUUUAUUUUCGGUUUUAAUUUAGACUUUCCUGUUACAAAAUCGGAUAUUUUGACAGACUUUUUCAGAAAAUUUAAGUCAUUAUUUUCGGACUACUUACUUUUUACAUUUGGACACUUGUAAUAACCAUCUGAGGCCC